CACACACACAUCUGGAAAACAUUGUGUUGAGAGAAAAAAGCGGGUGGGACGGAAAAGAACAGAUAUGUUAGGAAAAAGGGAAUAAAACAAGGAUUAAACCUCAGAGAUGGAAGUAGAUUGAAGUUGUGACUGUGUGAAAAAGACGAGUUAACUCAGGAAACGGGUCAGGCAGAAGACAAAGAGAAGCUACUGGAAAGACCGGCUGCUUCACAGACUAAAUCAGGGACAUUUGCCAAAUACAGGCGUCCAGGAGUCUGGAUUCAUGAGGAAGAGUGUGACCAGACCUGAUCAUCUACAGGAGGCUUGAACUCACCUUCAGAAUGUCAGCGUCUCAGAGAUGUCUGUGCUGUGUCAAAUACUUGAUGUUUGUCUUUAACCUCGUCUUCUGGCUGGGAGGAUGUGGCUUGUUUGGAGUUGGAGUCUGGCUCUCCUUCACCCAGGCAGAGUUUUCCUCGCUUCCCUUGUCCUUUCCAUCACUGUCAGCCGCCAACCUGCUGCUGGUUGCUGGUGGGAUAACCAUGGUGACGGGGUUCCUGGGCUGUCUGGGAGCCCUGAAGGAGCAGCGCUGCCUUCUGUUUGUGUUCUUUAUGAUCCUGCUGCUCCUGGUCUUGACGGAGGCGACACUUGUGUUGGUCAUACACAUUUUCCAUGAUAAGAUGGAUUUAAGUGCACAAGAUGAACUAAAGGAGGGGAUGAAGAGUUAUACAUCAGAACCUGGACUGAAACAAUCCUGGGACAAUGUCCAGAAAAUGUUCAAAUGCUGUGGCGUUACCAGCCAGAAGGACUGGUACGAAGUGCUGAACGGGACGCUGCCCGCAUCCUGCUGCUCCGUUGGGAUAGAAAAGUGUGACACCGGAUGGAGCGAGCCAUGUUACCAGAAGGCCAGACAGUGGCUGCUGGACAACAUCCCCUCCGUCCUGGUGUUUGGAGUCUGCAUCGGUGUGGUUCAGAUCCUGGCCCUGGUCUUCUCCAUGCAGAUGUACUGUCAGAUCCGGCACGCUGAGAAAAACCUGUACUGACUGCAGGACUCGGAGGCUGGAAGACCUCUGAUCCAGGCACAGAUGCUUCAGCACUAACACGGGGUUCAGACCUGGGACGACAGCGUAUCUGACCGUAUACAUGACUGUACUCACUGAAACAUCGUUUUAUCAUCUUUAUUAAAUCUACAUACGUUUACAUGUCUGCAGAUUCCAGCUUUAAAUCUGAAUUCAGCUCCAAUCAAUAAUAAAUCAAAAUUCAUUUAUCUAUCAUGCUUCGCUGUAUGUAUUAAAGUUAGCUGAAAUAAAUAAUUCCUGUAUUUAAUUAUGUGUGUGAGAUAAGAAUCUGCAGCACCAAGCUCCCUUAGUUCACAUUUCCCUCUGUGUAGUCGUGCGUUCAGAUGAACCGGCAGGUGGUUCCAGCCGUUUGCUGCUCAGAUCUCACUAUUCUGCAACGCUUAAAAAAAAACAUUUUUAUCCUAAUCAUCCACAAUUCCUUUUUUCUUUGUGUGUAAGGUGACCCUGGGUGUGGAAAGGCGCCAAGAAAUAAAAUGUAAUAUUAUUGUUAUUA